AUGGACAUGGACACUGAGGGGGACAACUCAGAGGAGGUGCUGCGCACGCGAGAGGAGAGCGAGCGGUCGCUGCUGUCGCUCAUCCUGCCGCGCUACGCGGACAUGGCCAUGGGCGGCCACAGCGACGCCGACGAGCAGCUGCUGACCGAGUACGAGUCCUACCUGUCCUCCCUGUCGUCGGCCACCUUCCAGCAGCUCAUGAAGGAGCCCGAGAAACUGCACGACGAGUCCGAGAAGAUGAAGAAGCAGAUGCAGGACCUGGCCUUCACCAACUACAAGGCCUUCAUCCAGACCUCAGAGUGCAUCCGCGGCAUGAAGCAACAGGUGUUGGUGGGAGGGCAGGUGGCGGAGUUCUGUAAGACGGCGGUGGAGAUCACGGCGCAGCGGGCCGCCACCCAGAACACGCUCGACCACCACACCAAGCUCAUGGACAUUCUCGAGAUUCCAGAGCUGAUGGAGACCUAUGUGCGCUCGGAGCUCUACGACGAGGCGCUCCAGCUGGAGGCCUUCACGCACGGGCUCAAGAAGAAGCAUCCCGACAUUCCGCUGAUCCAGUCGAUCGCCACUGAUGUCGACAAGUCGCGAGAGAUGAUGAUUAACCAACUUCAUCACAAACUGAGAGACAACAUGGCUCUGCCUGGCUGCCUGCGUGCGAUAUCUCACUUGCGGAGGAUGAAUCUGUACAACGAAACACAGCUUCGCAUCACAGACGCGUGGCUGCAUUCCGUGAUCGAUGCCGUGCCCACCACCAACCCCUAUACCUACUUGAACAAGCUGAUCGACAGCUGUAGGGUGCAUGUCUUCGACAUCAUCACCCAGUACCGGGCCAUCUUCCCGGACGACAACCUCGCUGUGGCGGCGGCGGCGUCCUCCGCGCCCCGCGAGAGGGAGUCGGGCGUGGGCAUCCUCCACAGCUGGCUCACCCAGAAGAUCUCCGAGUUUGCCGACACGCUCAGCAUAUAUUUGCCGGAGGUGAAGGAGGGUGCGCUGGUCGGUAACAUUUUGGAGCAGAGCAUGUACUACGCCACCUCGCUGGCCAGGGUCGGGCUCGACUUCAGAGGACUGCUGGGCCCGAUAUUCGAGCAUGCGGUGUACAACCUGUUCUCCUCGUUCGUACAGACCGCUGUCCUCCGCUUCUCUCAGACUCUCAAGGCGCAGAAGUGGGUGGCGCCGUCGCGAGCCCUGGCCGCGGCCAUGCUGACGGGCCUGGAC